AUGCCUACUAAUGCAGCUGUGGCAUCUAGGAGGGUGUGUCUGGUGUCUCGGUGUGAGCUAUGUGCUUCUAGUGUGGAAUUGGACUCACAUUUGUUUUUGGAUUGCCCUUUCUCUCUCCGGUUAUGGCAAAGGUUCACGGAUAUUUUAAUUGUUCAUUGGCCAAGUCCAGUCUCAAUCGAUGAUUUUUUUCUUUGGGGUAAAAGGAAAGCUAGAGUGGUCCCUAUAAAGGAUGCCUGGACAGUUGGUAUGAUCAUAAUGAUGUACUGUAUUUGGUUGGAAUGCAAUCACAGAAGGUUUGAUGGGAUCGCUUUGGAGGUGGAUAAGGUAUUUUCUGGUUUCCUUACUUCUAUGAAGAAGCUCUCGUGGUCCUUUACCACCCCCGUCUCUUCUAUUAUUGAUCUGUGUUGUGCCCGUAGAUUGGAUAUUCCCAUCAUCCCUAAUCCUACUAGGGUGAUGUUGGAAGUUAGAUGGCACUGUCCUUCUCCUGGCUGGGUGAAACUCAAUGUGGAUGGGUGUUCAUUAGGGAACCCGGGCAGGACAGGUGCAGGUGGUGUCCUAAGAGAUCAUCGGGCCACUCAUAUUUCUGCCUUUAGUGUUUUUCUCAGUAACUUGACCAACUAUGAGGUGGAGUUUAGGGCCAUCUUCAUUGGGCUAUUGAGAGCUAAAGAUUUGGGGAUUACUCAUCUUUGGGUGGAGUGUGACUCCAAGGCUGUGGUGGAUGCGCUUAAUGCCAAAUCUAUCCCCUUGUUCGUCACUCAACAGUGGAUGGGUCUGCAGCCUUUUCUUGAUUCCAUUUCUUAG